AUGGAUUCAAUCAAUUUGCAAUCAGCUUCUGAAUUUGAAAUGCCAAAGAUCCUAGAUCAACGUACCAUAACUGAUGUUAUAGGAAUUAGAAAACGAUACGAGUUAAAUGCAAAUAUUCUAGGUAAAUGUACAGAUGUAUCAGAGAAACAAUGGAAAAAAUGGGAAGACAAUGGAGUAGUGUCUUUUGGUGGUGCUACUAGUUUAGAGUCCGAUGUGUUCUAUGGCAUGAGAGAUCAUGAUACUAGUACGAAAGAGUUGAGUGUUAAAUUAGAGAGACAGGAAGAGCAGUUGCAAUUAGAGAGAGAGAGAAGAAAGAAAGCAGAGUUUGCUUUAGAACAAGAAACACAACAGAAAAAAUGGUUAAGUGCUAUGCCACCAGAUAGCAUUUACACAAGAAAACACUCUGACAAUAAACAAUCAGACACAAAACAAAACAGAAAAAGCAAAAAUCAAGAAACCAAAGACACACAUAUUCAUUCAAGAUCAAGCAUGUUUGCCAGCACACAUGAUGACAACACAAGAGGUAGAAAACAUCACAGAAAACCAAGAUAUCAGUCCUCUUCUUCCUCCUCAUCUUCACGAUCCUCCUCUUCUUCUUCCUCUAGUAGUGACUCUGACUAUGACAGACGCCAUCACAAACGCAGACACAGACAAAAAAGUCGCAGUCCCACAUCAAAAUUACAUACAUUUAGUGGUGACGGUAAGAUCAGCUGGGACACGUUCAUCACACAAUUCGAAAAGGUAGCUGACAGGCAUGACUGGGGAAAAAAGAAACGUACUGACAAAUUGUUCACUAUAGUUUAG